GGGUGUUAUGGGACAUUGAGUCAACCUUAUCCGUGGAGUUUAAGAACUGUCGCCAUGGCAAGCCGAAAAACAUCACAUUCAAAACAAGAUAAAUCUGACAAAUAUUCAAUAUUGUUACCAACCUACAACGAAAGGGAAAACCUGCCUUUGAUAGUCUGGCUUCUGGUGAAAUAUUUCGGUGAAAGGUGAGUUUUUAGCGGCUUGGAAAGCCACUCAGCUGCUGUUAGCUGUUAGCUAAUGAUACUGCUGUGCCAGUUACUGAUGAGCUGUCACUGAACCAGAGUUUAAGCCUUUGGUUUCAUGUCUUAUUGAACAAAGACGGGUUGAUUUUAGGAAACGAGCUCAUUUUGACUAGUUAAACUAGUUUGGGGUGAUAAUAGUUGGUAACUUCAGGUCGUAAGCCUUUAGAUUUUUUUUAAGUGUUUUCUAUUUGCAGUGGAUACAACUACGAGAUAAUUGUCAUUGACGAUGGAAGCCCAGAUGGCACACUGGAGGUGGCAGAGCAAUUACAGAAGAUUUAUGGAGAGGAUAAAAUCGUAAGUUAAGAGUGUAACGUUAUCAUUAAAAGCCUAAACAGUUUUUGGUCUCUUGAAUACUAGGAAAGGGAAUACUGAGUGAUACAUAUUAUUAAAAGACUUUACGAUAUUUUCUGAUGGAGCCCCUGACUGUUUUCCUAUAAUUUUCCUUGUGAAGAUAUGCUUUAAAGCCCCAUUGAACGAAAGCUUUUAUGAUCUGUAUGCGUUAUCCUAAUACCUCUUUCCUGUGCCACAGCUCUUACGACCACGAGCCAAAAAAUUAGGUCUAGGUGAGUAUGAAGCUUUGAAAAACUAUACCUUCCACUUGUUUUGACUAGCUGUUAAUGACUUUACAUUUUCUUUCCAAAGGUACUGCUUACAUUCAUGGCAUGAAGCAUGCUACUGGGAACUUCAUCAUCAUAAUGGAUGCAGAUCUUUCCCAUCAUGUGAGUGGAAAUUGUCACAUUGUUUGCCCUGAAUAGAUGUGCACAUGAAGCAGAUUCUUGGUUUUUCACAAUCACUUUACUCAUUGAUUGUUUUGGUAGUUCUUUGCUCACUUAGUUCAUUAUUUGCUUUGAGGAAUAUGAAAAAUUGAAAUCUUAAGUUUCAGUGACCUGCAGCAAAGAUCUCUUCAUAUUUCUAAUUUUGUCAGACCAGCAGUUUGAACUUUAAGAUGUUUGAGUCAUAUUGCAUCAGACUAAGAAAUCCCCAUAUUUGAGAGCCUGAAAGGAAUCAUGGCAUUUCAGAAUAAAACUCUCCCAAUAUUAUAAUUGGCAAGAAGCUUUUCAUGUACAAGUAGUUCCCCAUAAUGCUUUAUUGUCAGUAAUACAGGAAUAAAGCAACAGUAUUCCUGUCAAGAACCUACACUAGACUAGAAUAAAAUAAACAAUAUUAAUAGAGUAGUAGUGACAAAAUAUGCUAAAUAUAGCUAUUUGGAAACAUACAUUAAACAUUGUACCAGCUCAUUGUUUAUCAGAAAAUCAGCUUUUCUGAUGAACAAUAAAGGACAUUGACCUUUUUCUAACAUUGACAUCAGGAGUAAAACUUUAUUAUAUAAAUCUGAUAUUGAGUUUACUUUGUCAUUGUAUUGUGUGCCAGGAUGGUCAUCACUAAAACUGUACAGCCUUGUAGGAAAUCAUGGGGUAAACUGACCUAUACUAACUAUAUGAGAUCAGGUCAGCCGUGAGGGCAGACAAGAUUUGUAAGGAUACAUGUCACCCACAUUCAGUGGAGCUGUAGUCACUCUCAAUUGGUCAGAGGUCUAGACACCUCCAGAGCAGAACAGACAAAUAAAGAAUCACUUAUUCAUAUUGCAAGAGGUUAAUUGAUUAAGCUGAGGAAGCUGAAAGGCAUCAGGGGGAAAGCGUAACCAGGGAUGUGAAAUAAAUGAGUACAGGGGCAUGUGCGUUGUAUUUAUCUUUAUUUCAUCUAUUUAUAUCACAGCUGCUGGUAUACAAUUAUUGGUAUGUAUUUAGAACACAUUUGAACAAAUGUGUUUUUGAUAUAUUUGCACUUGUGUGCUGGAUUUCAAAUUGCCUCGUUUAGGUUUUUAAGUCCAUUUCUUAGACUUACAUCAGCGCUAGUAUGUGAAGAUGAGGUUUUCCUCGCCACUACAUAGAAUUUCUUUUUGUUUGUUUUUUACAUUGUAGUGAAAUAUAGCUUUGAACAUUUUCUCUUUAUAAAGCAUGAUAAUUAUUUCUCUGUUUUUUAUUUCAGCCGAAAUUUAUCCCAGAAUUCAUUGAGUAAGUGUCUCUAAAUUUUUAUAAUUUGUCAUUUGAUUCUUGUUUUUAUGCCUGUACCUUGAUUUUGAAAAUAUAAGAUUCAUAUGUUUAAACUGUUACAGUUUUAGUUAGAUGAAUAGUGCAUGGAGGAAGAUUUGAGUUAACAUCAUUUUGUCUUUUUUUGUCAGGAAGCAGAAAGAAGGUAAUUACGACCUGGUGUCUGGUACUCGAUAUAAAGGGAACGGAGGUGUGUAUGGCUGGGACCUACGCAGGAAAGUCAUCAGGUAACUGCAGCUCAAAAGCAGCACAAAGUCUUCAAUUUCCACAGACACUCAUUUUUAAAGGAAAGAGCCUGAGGUUUGAUUUUUGUUCUUUUCUUCGGUCUCCUUUUUGCUCACAGUCGCGGGGCCAACUUUUUGACUCAAGUGUUGUUGAGACCUGGUGCCUCAGAUCUCACGGGCAGCUUCAGGUGAGUGGUGUGUGCAGUGGAAUCAAUGCUGCUGAAAUUGUGAAUCCAUGUAGGUGCACUCUCUUACUUGCCCUGAUGCUUUACUUUCACAAGGCUGUAUAAGAAGGAGGUACUGGAGAGUCUGGUGGAGCGGUGUGUGUCCAAAGGAUACGUCUUCCAGAUGGAAAUGAUUGUCCGUGCCAGACAGCUCAACUACACAGUUGGAGAAGUGAGGACCUAUUUAUUAUCAUUUCAGUCAAUUUAAUUCAUAAAUGCAGUUUCAUUUUUGUUCUGACUGAAUUAUUUGAUUAUUAUGAAAUCUGAGUUCAGUAUUCUUCACCACAACAUUGUCACUAACAACAGUCUCCCAGCUGAAAAAUGGUGAAUUUUACCAUGAAGACUGUGUGAACUCCUCCAUGACGGUAGAAUGAAUUGUGUUGAUGAUGAAUUGUGUUGGGUUUGGAGCUGUCGGAUGGUCAAAGUUUUGAUUUGCCAUUAAUAACAUUGUGACAUUCAUCUUUAAAAAGGCCAUUACUUUGCAUUUCAAAUCAGUUGUAAGUCCUUAUUCACAAGUCCACUGUAGUCUGAAAACAUGACAUAUAGGUAGAACACAGCUUCAGAGUGCUUUUUCUAUGAAAUACAGUUUAUCUUUAUUAUCAUUUCCUUAUAAAACUGUUACACAUUCAGAAAUGUGCAGGAGUGCAUGGACAAAAUCUAUAAUCAGUGUUAUUCCAAAGAGGGUUAGAUCACUCACUGAUGUCAAGUGAUCCAUGGUUGAUGUGAAAGAAUUUGUGCUUUCAGGAGUUCAAGUUUGGUUGCUUUCUCUGUGUCAUACAGGUCUUGUGUACAUGAAACUAUUGUUACCCCGGUGAUGCAUAUGUGUGGUCUUAGCAUGUCAGUUGGAGGACUCUAAAUCCGAGCCACAGAUCAGACCAGGAUUUUCAUCAAAACCACAAUAUGCGCUUGAAUCGGAUAAAUCAACACUGGGUUUAGAUUUGGUAGUUACUAUGUUUAAUCUGCCCAAAAAGGGUAAAUUCACUGUGUUUAAGACAUUAGGCUCAUAACCUCUAAAGUUUGACCUCAAAUCUGGACUGGAAUGAAAAACGGACUGUCACUCUAAAAAUUAGCCAGGUCAGGUCUCAUUGGUUAAUUUGUCUGGAGUAAGACAUUCACUCUUCUUCUUUUUGGUUUCAUAAGAGGUUUAAAUGAAACAAUAUCUGGGAGGACACAUUAUUCCCUGUAAUUGUUCCCAUUACCUGACAACGUCUCUUUUCUUCCGUCUCCUCACAACAGGUGCCCAUUUCCUUCGUGGACCGGGUUUAUGGAGAGUCCAAACUUGGAGGGAAUGAGAUUGUGUCAUUUGUAAAAGGACUGAUCACACUGUUCGCCACAACAUGAUCACUGUGUGGACACGACACAGUCUUUUAGCAUUUCUUUUCAUCUUUCAGUCACUGUCUCGAACAAAGUAGCUGUAUCAGAAUUGUAAUGAAGGAUAAAAGCUCAGCCUGUCGAUGGUAAGAGAGUGACAUGAUGACAAGUGACAAGAGGCACGAAAAGCACUCUGUUAGUUACUAUCCCAUAUCUUAAAGAAACAUGGUGCUUUACAUUCCAACAUCUUUAGUUAUUUUGAACAUAGCACAUGGUUUGUCAUCAUUCCCAGCCUAGACAGCAGUCUGAACGCUGUACGAAUACAGAUGUUGGACAGGUUUAAAAACAGUCUAUCUGUGAUUGUAUAAAAUAAAAAGUUUUUAUUGUUUGCUCUGCUGAC